AUGACUUCAGAAACUGCGACAAAAUAUCAUGUUCAGAUUAAUAUAGAGAUAAGUGUCUCAGUUAUAUUAUCUAUUCCUCCAACUCAUAUCUCUAAUUCUUCAGGUCCAGUAAUUGACAUUCACCACAUGGAGUAUGCAGUGGUAUUUUUCAAUGAAGAGUAUAACCUUCUUGACAAAUAG